AUGGCUCUGGAUGCUCUGCUGGCUCGAAUGAAGGAUGUGUGCCGGAGGAAUGGGCUGCUCAUCCUGUCGGUGCUCUCAGUCAUCAUAGGCUGCCUCCUGGGCUUCUUCCUGAGGACCCAGCACCUCUCACCCCAGGAAAUUAGUUACUUCCAAUUCCCUGGAGAGCUGCUGAUGAGGAUGCUGAAGAUGCUGAUCCUGCCCCUUGUUGUUUCAAGCCUGAUGUCAGGCCUAGCAUCCCUGGAUGCCAAGACAUCCAGCCGCUUGGGAAUCCUCACUGUGGCCUACUACCUCUGGACCACCUUUGUUGCCGUCAUUGUGGGCAUCAUCAUGGUCUCCAUCAUCCACCCUGGUGGUGCGGCUCAGAAGGAAACCACCAGCCAGAGUGGGAAGCCUAUCAUGAGCUCAGCUGAUGCCCUGCUGGACCUUAUCAGAAAUAUGUUUCCAGCAAACCUAGUUGAAGCCACCUUCAAGCAGUACCGCACCAAGACCACCCCGAUGGUCAAGUCCAACAAGGCCAUGGCAUCAGAGGCUACCCCUCAGCGGAUCCUCAUCUAUGGGGUCCAGGAGGAGAAUGGCUCCCAGGUGCAGAACUUUGCCCUGGACCUCACACCUCCCCCAGAGGUGGUGUACAAGUCAGAGCCGGGCACCAGCGAUGGCAUGAACGUGCUGGGGAUCGUCAUCUUCUCAGCCACCAUGGGGAUCAUGCUGGGCCGCAUGGGAGACAGUGGAGCUCCCCUGGUCAGCUUCUGCCAGUGCCUGAAUGAGUCUGUUAUGAAGAUCGUGGCUGUGGCUGUGUGGUACUUCCCCUUUGGCAUCGUGUUCCUCAUUGCUGGGAAGAUUUUGGAGAUGGAUGAUCCCACAGCUAUCGGGAAGAAGCUGGGCUUCUAUGCUGUCACUGUGGUCUGUGGCCUGGUGGUGCAUGGACUCCUCAUCCUCCCCAUGCUGUACUUUGUCAUCACCAAGAAGAACCCCAUUGUCUUCAUCCGGGGCAUCCUCCAAGCCUUGCUCAUCGCCUUGGCCACGUCUUCCAGCUCGGCCACUCUGCCCAUCACCUUCAAGUGCCUGCUGGAAAAUAACCACAUCGACCGGCGCAUCGCCCGUUUCGUGCUCCCCGUGGGCGCUACCAUCAACAUGGAUGGUACGGCCCUCUAUGAAGCCGUGGCAGCCAUCUUCAUCGCCCAAGUCAACAACUAUGAGCUGGAUUUUGGCCAGAUCAUUACCAUCAGCAUCACAGCCACGGCGGCCAGCAUUGGAGCAGCUGGUAUCCCGCAAGCAGGGCUCGUCACCAUGGUCAUCGUGCUCACCUCCGUGGGGCUGCCCACUGAUGACAUCACACUCAUCAUUGCUGUUGACUGGGCCCUAGACCGUUUCCGGACCAUGAUCAAUGUCCUGGGUGACGCACUGGCUGCUGGGAUCAUGGCUCACAUCUGCCGGAAGGAUUUUGCCCGAGAUGUAGGCACAGAGGGCCAGAAGCCACCACCCUGUGACACCAAGCCUGUCAGCUUAGAAGAGAUUGUGGCGUCGCAGAGAAACGGCUGUGUGAAGAGCAUGACGGGGGCCCAUGGGUCAGCCCUGGACACAGCCCUUCUCUCUCACCACAUCCCUGUGCAGGUGGAACAAGACGACGAGCCGGCUCAGCCCCUGCCCAGCACUGACCACUGCACCAUCGAGAUCAAUGAGCUGGAGACCAACGUCUAG